GUCGAGAUACAUAACAUAUCAAGGAUAAGCAGCCGCUCCGUCUGAAAUUUUUUAUUUUAAUUUUGAUAUGUAAACUCUGAUGAAUUAGCCUUCCCUUAUGAAAUUCUGUGUUUAUCUUGUCUCGAUACAUCUCAAUCUAAUUUUUCCAUAGUUUUAUUUUUAUUUUUAUUUUUAUUUUUAAUAUGCGUCCGAUCCUAACUUAAUAUUUUUCUAGCUCCGUCCCAUAUAUACAUACGUUCUAGCCCACACCUUACAAUCAUUACUCAGAUUUCAAUAAUGGAAGAAACGACAGGCCACGCGCACAUGACGACGACGAUGAUGAUGGGGGGUGUGGACUUGUCGUUUAUGGUGGAGUUUCUGAAGGGGAUGGUGAAGCCGGCGUUGGCGACGGUGGUGGUUCUUCUGGCGGUGGCGUUGUCGUUUUUUCAGAAGCUGGGGUUGGAGGGGGAGAUGGUUUACGCCAUAUUCAGGGCGUUUCUUCAGCUCUCUAUCAUUGGCUUUGUUCUUCAGUUCAUUUUCACGCAACGCAAUGUCGCUUGGAUCCUUCUCGCUUACCUUUUCAUGGUCUCCGUUGCCGGUUUCACAGCCGGGCAACGGGCUAAACAUGUUCCUCGAGGGAAGUUUGUCGCCGGAGUUUCUAUUCUCGCCGGAACCUCAAUCACUAUGUUGCUCCUCGUAGUGAUGCAAGUAUUCCCUUUCACUCCGCGUUACAUCAUCCCCGUUGCCGGAAUGAUGGUCGGGAAUGCGAUGACCGUGACCGGAGUCACGAUGAAGAGACUUAGAGAUGAUAUAAGAACACAGAUGAAUCUGGUUGAAACAGCAUUGGCUCUUGGGGCAACUCCAAGGCAAGCCACACUCCAGCAGGUGAAGAGGGCUUUGGUGAUUUCUCUUUCCCCGGUAAUCGACAACGCGAAAACCGUGGGACUGAUCUCGCUCCCCGGCGCGAUGACCGGCCUCAUAAUGGGAGGAGCUUCUCCUAUAGAGGCUAUUCAGCUUCAGAUAAUUGUGAUGAACUUUCUUAUUGGUGCGUCUACGCUUAGCAGCAUAUUGUCAACUUAUCUUUGCUGGCCUGGAUUCUUCACCAAAGCUCAUCAGUUACAAACCAAGGUCUUUGUAUCAGCAUAAUUGGGAUUUCUCUUAUUGUUGUACUAAUUCUUCUCAAUAUAUUGGACAAGCAAUUAUCCCAAGGAUAUAUAAAUUUUCAGCUAUGAUUUUGGCAUUGGACCAAAAAUUAACUGCUUUUAGGUUAAGUAUAAUCUAUGAACAUUAUAAAAGUACUAU